AUGUCGAAUACUUAUUAGAUUUCUCAUGCUUGCAAUUUUGCAAUGUUUUUUAUUUUCCAUUAAAAUCUCGUAAACUUAGAUAAAAAGAUAUCAUCAGAUAGUUUUAAAAUUUUGAAUUCAGAAAAGAUGAACAAUCUUAUGGAAGAAACAUCAAACACCAUAGAGUCUUUAGAUUUAAGUGAUGAUGAUGAUGACUAUUACGAAGACAAUGAUGAAUAUUAUGAAUAUGAUUUUGAAAAUAACAAAAUUAAUUCAGUGGGACUUCAUUCUAACACUCAGAACAGUAGUGAAAAACUUACAAGUUUUCAACCUCCAGAAAAGCUUUUUAAGAAAUAUGCAAACAAAAUAAAUGUUGAAAAGUAUGAAGGUCCAGCUAUUCCACAACAUGCUGCAAAUAAGCUUUUCGAGGCUAAUCGAAAACAAGAAGCAAAUAUGGUUCGUUCAAAAGAUAAACAGGAUCGAGCAACAGCAGAAUUAGUUAUGGACCCACGCACUCGUAUGAUUCUAUUCAAGCUUUUAAAUCGUGGAAUGAUUACGGAGAUCAACGGAUGCAUUUCAACUGGAAAGGAAGCAAAUGUUUAUCACGCAACAAACAAGUUUGGAGAAGAUUAUGCGAUAAAAAUUUAUAAAACAUCAAUUCUUACAUUUAAAGAUCGCGAUAAAUAUGUGACAGGAGAGUUCAGAUUUAGACAUGGAUAUUGUAAAAGUAAUCCAAGAAAAAUGGUUCGUACAUGGGCUGAAAAAGAAUUAAGAAACUUAUCCAGGAUGUACAAAAAUGGUUUACCAGUUCCGAAUCCGAUUCUUUUAAAAUCUCACGUACUUGUGAUGAGUUUCAUUGGUACAGAAGGCUUCCCAGCGCCGAAGCUUAAAGAUGUUGAGCUCACUGAAUCGAAAGCACGAGAACUUUAUCGUGAUUGUGUGAUUCUUAUUUGGCGAUUGUACAACAUUGUGAAACUUGUUCAUGCAGAUUUGUCUGAAUUUAAUAUUUUGUAUCAUAAUGGAUCAGUUGUCAUUAUCGAUGUUUCACAAUCUGUCGAACAUGAACAUCCAUGUGCCUUUGAAUUUCUUCGUAAAGAUUGCACAAACAUUUCUGAAUUUUUUAGAAAGAAAAAUGUGUCAACAAUGACGAUCAAAGAACUUUUUGACUUUGUUACUGAUCGUAACAUUAAUGAGAAAAAUAUGGAAGAUUGUCUUGAGAAGAUUUCCGAUCGAAUUGCGAAUCGUGAUUUUGAUGAAUUAACAGCACAGGAAAAAAUCGACAAUGAAGUUUUUAAAAAUGCUUUUAUUCCUAAAACACUCAGUGAAGUUUACGAUAUCGAACGUGAUAUUAUGAUGCAAAAAAAUUCUGAUAAGAAAAAUUCUCAGGAGCUUAUCUAUGCAACUGUUAGUGGAUUGGAUACAAAAUUAAACGUCACAGACAAACCGAAGGUUUUGCAAGAAGAUUUAGAAGAAGAGAGCGAAGAAAGUGAAGACUCCAGUGAUUCUGACAGUGACGACAAUAGCGAGGCUGUUAAUGGCGAAACAAAAAUCAAAUCGCAAACCCGAAAUAAAAAUGAAACUUUAGAAGAGAAGAAAGCUCGUAAAAAGGCAAUUAAAGAUGAGAAAGCAUCAAAACGUGAAACAAAAGUUCCGAAACAUAUCAAAAAAAGAAAAGAAAAAAUGAACAGUAGAAAAAAAUGAAAAAUCUUUCUAAUAAAAAAUAUUUUAUUGUUUAAAUAAA